AUGGCAAACAGUAAGAGAAAAUACGAAGCUCCUUUCAUUAGUGCAGGUACAUCAUUGCUGCAUCUGCAUGCUGUGGGGGAAACUUCACCUGCUGAAUUUAUGCCCUGCUGAUGGAAGUUGUUGUCCAAAACUUUUGGCGGGAACUUGACUGGCUAAGACUGCACCAGAAGGAAAAUGCUAGGCCAAAAAUGGGGCAACUGUGGCCCUACAGAUAAAUGAUGACUACAUCUCCCAUCACCCUUCCCUUUGGCAAUGCUGGCUGGGGCUGAUGGGAGUUGGACUUCAGCGACAUCUGGAAGGCCCUGGUCCCUGGGCUGCCCAAAAGACCAUUAUUUCUGGGAUAUUUUAGGCCCAUAAAACUCCAGUUGUUGAUAACUGGAUAAGCCCUGUUUAGGGAAGUUUUUAAUAUUUAAUGCUGUAUUGUUUUUAACACUCGAUUGGGAGCUGCCCAGAGUGGCUGGGGAAACUCAGCCAGAUGGGUGGGGUAUAAUUAAUAUAUUAUUAUUAUUAUUAUUAUUAUUAUUAUUAUUAUUUGCAUGGAAUCUUCAAAAUAUUGAGCAUAAUAUGGAACAGAUUGAAUUUUUUUGUACAAUUUAUUAUUAGUAUUAGUAAUAGUUUUUAGUAUCGCCAUCAGCUGGUGCAGUUCAAAUGUUCUCUACCACCGUUUGCUUGUUGUUGUUUUUCCAUUUUUCUUCUUUAAAAAAUUCUGCUGAACAGUUUUUCCAUGUUUCUUCUAAAUGCUUCUAUUUGCUCUACCUUUUACUGAAUGCAAGAGGGUGGUAAACAGGAUGCAGGACAUCUGGGCAGAUACAGAUGGUGCUGAAAUAAGAGGAAGUGAAACAGAAAACAGAGCUAAAACAGGCCGUGAAUGUUGAGACCUGGUUGAUGGUAGUAAAAACGCUACCUAGGACAAAUAUCUGGAUCUUCAUCUGAAGUUCAUUUAUAGGACCAAAUGAUCCUAGGAAAUGUGCUUUUGAAACCAAGAUUGGUGACUGAAGUAUGUGUCUGCUCUUCUCCUUCUGCACACUAAUUAAAAAUAUUAAACUACUUUUAUCUCCUCAAAAGACUUCAGUGAGAGUAUAUACACACCAUGCAUUUAAAGCACACUCUUAACCCAAAGAAUUCUGGGAACUUUGGCCUGUCAGAACUACAAUUCCAGGCACCCUUAACAAACUUAUUCCCAGGAUACUUUGGGAGAAAUCAUGUCCCCUAAAUGUAUGGUGUUGGAGUCUAGCAGUAAACAAUAAAAUGCCAUUAAAAACUUUUUAAAAGGAGCAACAAUUACAAUAAGAAUCAAAAUGCACCCAGUAAAACUUUCAAAAGCUAGCACGUGAGAGCUUUCUCUCUCACACACACACACACAUUCAGAGCAGCAGCAGCUAAUGUUUUUGCCACAAUUUUAAUUCCAUGUCUGCUAAAUUUCCUAGUAUUUGGCAUUGGAACAGGGCCAGUUUUUAAAAAGGUGGGGAACUCUAAGUAAAAAUUAUAUAUUUUUGUUCGUGUGAUGGCUCUAGCUGUUUAUAAUUUAGAAGCUACUGAGCCAUGCAAGGUUCUUCUUCAGAAUUAAAGUCACCUUCUGAUCUAGUGGUCACAGAAACACAUCCCUUUCCUGUAACCCACCCUUCUGAGUCCCCCCCUCUCCCCCACUAAUGUUCCACUGAUCCUUCCGCAUUGCCACAGAAGCAUGUCCUUUUCUCACAGACAGGACCCCACCCACUUGGGCACCCAUGAAAUACAAAAUAAAAUGUCUCCCAUAUUUAAUUUCAUAUGUUAGCUUAAGGGGAGAAAUAUUACCUUGACACAAAGCUAUGCACAAUCACUUGGCGUCAACUAAUUAACUCUGUGGGGUAUACUUCACAGUGAGCCUUCGUAGGAUUGCACUGUAAAUGGAUGUCAAAUCAAAUUAUAGUAGAAUCCCAUGCAUGUUUCCUCAGAAGUAAUACCCACUGUGUUCAGUGAGGAUUAUUCAUUUGGGAAGUGUGUACAGGAUCCUUUGGGAAGUGUGUGCGGCCUUAGAGUUAGUGGUUGUUCAAGGUUGGGUCAUGUAUUCUACGUGUGUGAGAGUAUAUGAGUGGCUUUUUAAUGGAUUAGUUUAGAACAUAGGGAGAGUUAUGUUGGAUGAGGCCAAUGGCUCAUCUAGUCCAGCAUAGGUUUGUCCUCCGAGACAGAUAAAUUUGUCAAAGGUUGUUAAUCAGGUCUGAGUGUUUUCUCCAUAGAACUCAGCACUGUAAAGUUUUCAAACCUCACAACUGUAAAAAUAAGCUUGAAAGUGGUUGGGCAGUGCCUGGAAACAAAUCUUGGAAGAUGGCAUAAGGGUGCUGAAUAUGCUUCUCAGCAGCUUCCUUGUCCCUGGGAUAACAAGAAACCGCAAGUCAAAUUAUGCAAUAAUUCCAGGUAGCCUUCAAAGCUUUUGACCAGGACUGAACACCAGAUUCACAUGGCGUGGAAGUGAACAAUAUCUUGUUUCCCACUCUUGGCAAGGAGACACAAAUGCUUGCCCAAGGAACAGGUUGUCAUCACAUCUUUUUCUUCAUUUGCAGCAUCUCCCACAGCCCCAGUCGUCUUCCCAUUGUCCCCCUGUUGCCAAGACCUCGCCACUGCCUCCCAGGUUACCGUGGGCUGUCUGGUCUCUGGCUACUUUCCCGAACCAGUCAAAGUACAGUGGAAUUCAGGAUCCGCAUCUGACAUCCGGACCUUCCCUGCUCUAUUGGAUUCAUCCAGUGGCCACUACACCCUCAGCAGCCAGCUCACCAUCCCAACCAGCACUUGGGAAUCAGAGAAGCUUCAAUGCCAUAUUGUACAUACAGCUACCAGCUCCACAAUCAACAAAGAGCUUGGACGUGAGUCUGGUUGAGCCUUUGUGUUAUCUGCUUUCUUCCUCCUUCAGUGUUUGUUGGGUGGAGCAGAAAGAAAUGAAAUAUGGAUUGUGUGGGUGAAGGGAUGGAUAAUGAUUGCAAUAUUUUUGGUCCUACCACCUGACUUUUGUAUCCUCAGAAGCACAUUGAGCACUACAAAGAACACUCACAAAUAUUGUGGGUUGUAUCCAACCAAAUUCUAAUCAAGAGUAGACCCACACAUUGAAAUUAAGGAACCUAAAUUGGCCAUGCCCAUUAAUUUCAGUGGGUAUGACUAUCAAUGGAUACAACCUAGCAAGAUCAGAUGUAGGGAAUCCUUGGCCCUCCAGAUUUGCUGAACUAAGACUCCCAAUUGACCAUUCUUACUUAUGAGAGUUAUAUUUCAGCAACAUCUGGAGAGCCAAAGGUUCCCCACAUGUGCCUGUGAUAGACAAGACAGCAGUGGGAAGAAAGGAUUUAGAAUUAUCCAGUUAAUAGUGAUUCAAAUUUAGGGAAAGUCAGGUUGCACCAUGACAGAUUGUAGCAAUAGGUGUCAAAAUUCAGCAAAAACACCCUCUUCAUUUUUCUUAUGAGAAUAUUAGCGACACAGGAUGCUCUGCACACACACAUACACACAGAGAGACACUUUCUUAAAUUAGUCUUUUAAGAAACAACAACAAAGGGAACGGUGCAAUUAACAUAUGUGAUCUCAUUUCAACUGUUUAUACAUAGUUUACCAGCCCUCUUAGUGGUCCUUAAGCCUACUUAGAACCGACAAUGAAACAGAAGAGGGAACUGCCCUCCACUCCUUGGCACUGGGACCAGCAAAGUGAAAUUUGAUGUUUAAGAAAAGAAGUGGGUUUAGUGCAGGGAUUCAGAAGAGAAAGAGGAAUAAGCUUGAUUCACAGAGAGUGAGGCUGUUCUACCCUCUCUGGGAAAGGCUAGCAUAAGGAGAGAGGGAAAUGAAUACAGGAACCAAAGGAACUAAUGGCAGGUGAAUUAGAAGCCACUCACAUUUAGGGAAUUGGGGGGGGAUUCAGUUCAGUUUGCAUUUCAAUAGAAACUAAUUCACACUACCUGGAAUAAUGCACAAACAGAAAGCCCAUUCUCCUAAAUUCGUGGCUCUCUGAAUUUUGUGAUGCAGUUCCCCUGCCCAAAAAGUGUGCAAAAAUAUACAAAAAAUACAUAUAUUCACAAAAAAAACAGUGCACACAAAUGUAUUAUGUUCAGGAAAAUUGUUUCCAGAUUGUGUAUUUAUUCAGCAAAACUGCAUACAAGACAUGAAUAUUAAGCACAGUUUGUACUAAAAUCCUGGCUAAUUCUCAACUAAAUAAUGUAGACAUGCGGAGAACUGAAUUUAAGUUUGGGGAAAUGAGACAGGUGGUUAGGUGCACCGCACAUCAUUAAAAUACAGGUAUUCAUGAGACUCCCUAUACUUCCUAUUCUUCCAGCCUGUGAAAAGAAAGAUCCCGUAGCCCCAAAGGUCCGCUUGCUCCAUUCCUCCUGCAAGGCCAGCUCCAGAGAUGCCACCAUUGAGUUGAUGUGCGUUAUCUCCAACUUCUACCCCAACAAUGUGACGGUAAAUUGGCUGGUGAGUGAGAAACCUAUGUCGCAACCCUCUUUCACUGAGCAGCCCUGGAAAGACACCCAUGGGUACACCUUCAGUACCAUCAGCACAGUCAACAUUAGCCAAGCAGACUGGGAAGAUGGGAAUGUCUACGUCUGCCAGGUGUCCCACACAGCAACCCAAACUUCUGUGAGAAGCAAAGCCAAGAUCUGUGAAGGUAAGAACUCCUGACUCAGUUCUGACUUGGUUAGGUUCGGAUGAAGUGGGCAUGGACUGAAAAACAGAAAGGCCAAGAGCAAGGGGCUACUUCCAUUUUAUGCUGGGUUUCCCAAUGGCCCAGAAAUACAUCCAUCAUGGUCCUUUGCUAUUUGGAAUGGCUUUUUCCAACCUUUUGCCCUACUGGUAUAUCUGAGGUUUUACUGCAUUUAUCUGGAACUUCACAGACUGAACCAACUGGAGGCAGGACUCUGUGUCGUAGAGGCAGGACUCUGUGUCAUCAACUCAGUUUUCCUUUGAAAAAUAUUGAUAGGGGGCUUUUUCACACACUCAGAUUUCUCCAGUUUAGAUUAAAUGUUUGUCAGGGAGUUGAGGAAACACAUUUCUCUUCUUCUGCAGAAGGCAGUUUAGCUUGAUUACUUGUGCCACGAGCUGUCAAUGUCUCUAUGGCACACUGGUGUUGAUAGUGAUCCAUCGGGGAAUCUGGGGAAUGGGCAAACACACUAGUUAAAGGGGUGCAAGUUCCAAAAACAACAGAGAACUGGGAUUAUUCAGCAAUGGUAGAAGGUGCUGGAGUUGUUCAAGGGAAGGGAAGGGACUGGCAGGAACUCUCAGGUGAGCCAAAUGGGGAGCCUGGACUGACUUAGCUGUAGAGCUACUCUGAAAGAGAAGCAAGCAGAGCAGGAAAAGAUUCUGUGAGCAGGCUGGGAGGGAAAUGGUGGGAGGAGACUUGGGACUUGACAUGGGUUUUUGUAUUCCCAGACUCCUCAGGAACUCCCCUCAAAGUUUUCAUCCUACCCCCAAGCCCCAACGACCUUUACAUGGAUAAGCAACCAAAACUCAGCUGCGUGGUAGUCAACUUAGAAAGCGAAGAGGAAGAACUGGAAGUGACCUGGUCACGGCAGACAGCAGGAAGUCUAAGCCCUGAGCCACUUGCAUGGAGAGAGGAGGUUAAUAACACCUUCACUGCAUCCAGCUCUGUGAUCAUUUCCGCAAGCGCCUGGUUGUCAGGGGAGCCUUUUAUCUGCACAGUGCAACACCCAUCCCUGCCUCAACCGAAAACAAGAGAGAUUAGCAAGAAGAAAGGUAAGCGGGAAGCAGGCCUGCUCUCCACCCUGCAAAUGGUGUCCCAAAUUUCCCAGCAACCUCCUGAGCAGGAAAGAGAUUACUGAAAAGGCAUAUCAAUGUAGCACCAUUUAGAACAAACACAAUAUACCAAUGUGGACAGUGAGAUCUGGCAACACACACACAAAAAAUUCAACAUGUUGCAUGUAGUUUGAGGGGGGCAUAGUUGCUUGUGGUCCCCACAACCGUCCCACCAUCACAACCCACAUGCAGUGCUUUAAAAAACCUGUACAGCAUGUUUUGACACUUGUGCCAAGGGAAGUUGUACCACAUAGGAAAUGAUGCCUCUAGCAUACUGGUUUCCACCCUCAUAAAAAUGAAGUCUCUAUUCCGUGUGAUAACUUUCCAUCUGACUAAUAAUAAUAGUUGUGCAACAUGUCCUGACGUAGAUGGACUAUUGUUGCUAUUAUGUACAAAGCAGUUAUGAACAUCAUUGUAACCAAGGCCCAUUUCGCACCUUUAAUCUGCCCCACAGGCAGAUGCUUGAGUGACAGCUCUGGAGAGGCAGCGUCGGAGAACAAGCCUCCUGGUUUGGGGCAGUUUGGGGGGUCCUUGUGUGCUACGAAAUUUCUGUAUACGCCUGAGAAAAGGGGUGAUGUGAAUGUCCUCUAAAUGGCACAUUAGUGGUGUGUUUUGUUCAUUCACCACAGAGAAGCCCAGCAAACAUGUCAGGGGGUUUUCUGAACCAUUCAAGACACGUAGCCCAAACCAUGUUUCCCUAAGCCAAGGAUGGGAAACUUGUGGUUCUCCAGAUGUAGUUGGACCCCUGCUCCCAUCAACAAAUGGCCAGGGAUUAUGGGAGUUGUAGUUCAGCAGUAUCUGGGAGGCUACAGGUUGCCCAUACCUGGCACAGAAGCCUUUGUAUCUCCUCCGUUCCCCAGCUCCCCACAUGGUUUCCACUAAUUUGACCUAAACUGAAUAGUCAUUUUCUUUUUCUCUUUCUGUUUCCCUAUGCAUAACCAGAAACCAAAGAAGCUCCAGGUGUGUAUCUCUUCCGCCCCCACGAUGAUGAGCUCAGGUCUAAUGGCCGUUAUGUCUCCAUCACUGCCCUGGUGAGAGGGUUCAAGCCCAGUGACAUUUCCCUGAAAUGGCUCAAGAAUGGGAACCCUCUGCCUGAAGCUGACUAUCUCAGCACCCCUGUCUACAGUGAUGGCGAUGGUUUAUAUUUCUUGUUCAGCAAGCUGAAAGUCCCCAAAGCAGACUGGAACAGAGGUGAUGCCUAUACCUGCAUGGUUGUCCAUGAAGGUCUGACCCUCAAGUUCAUUCAGAAGACCAUUGAGAAAUCCCGGGGUAAAAAAUGAAAACGGCCCUCAGCCAGCAUUGCGAUCCCCUCGCCCUAUGGCCCCAGAUUUUUUUCUCUCUCGAGAUUGUUAGACCAACCCUGUGUAAAAAAUCUCCAUGCAAAAAUGUACCCAAGGGCUGAAUAAAAAAAGAACUCAUCCAAAGACUGUCAUAGAUAUCUAUUAUUGUGGCUCUUCCAGGAGAGAAGGUGACUUGUGGGGGGAUUAAUGGGGAAAUGGGAUUAAUCUCUCGAAAACAAAUGCCAAAUGUUUAAGGUUGGCAGCAGGGGGAAAAUGUGUUUAUCACUGUCACAGUUGUAUCCUAUUUCCAACAAGGAGCCCAGGCCUUCAAAUAUCAGGUAAUGCCAAGCUAGCCUCACAACAGCCUUGAGGAAGCUUGGUUUCUCCCAGGCCACCCAGUGAAUCUUCAUUACCAAGUGGUGACUUGACUCUCCAAGCCUCACACACAUCUCCCCGCACCAAUCCCAACACUCUGCUCACUGCUCCACACUGCCUACCCUCUGCACAUGCUCAGAAGGGCACACUCUCAUUUUCCAUUUGGGAGAGCAAAAAGUGUUUCAGUCAGUCAUACUGCGAGGACAUAUAAAGAUACAUGGUGUGGUCUCAAAAGGAACACACAGACACACAUGCACACCACAGGAUUUUUUUUAUACAAAAGAAACACUAAAAAAUAAGAGACAAAAUGGCAGAGAAACAGAUGUGUUUUACAAUUUCCUUUCAUAUUCUAAAAAAAAAAAAUUAAAGGCAAGCUUUGGUCAGUAUAGUCACUUUCUUGGCAUCUAUUUACAGAGAGAGGAAGGGCAACAGAAAAUUAUGUUUUCUGAUAUAAUCUCUCCUCCCCCAUCCCACUUCCCCCAUCAAACAGGUACAAAGCAUAUGAUGUAAAAGCUGGCGUCAGAGGUUGGCCAAAAAACAAUCAGAUAAUGUUUUAUCUUUGUGAAAUAUUGGUGGCGGUAAAGGUUAGAAGAAGUAGAAUUUGGAAAUGGGUGUGUGUGUGUAAGGGGUCUUGCAGGGAAAGUGAGGCAUCUUCCUCCCCUGACCCCCCCCCCCAAGACAGUGACAGUCUGGAGGCACCUCUUGUAGGAAGCAAGUAAAUCCAAAUUCACAAAGCAUUCAGGCCAGAUUAAUGGAGUGCUCACACACUGCGGAGUGAAAGAAUUGAAAGUAACAUUUCCUUUGACUUAAGGGGCUUGUGAACUCCGCCUCAGAUUCAGCUGGGCCUUUAAAAAUGACUCGGGAAUAGACACAAGACCUCAAGCACAGAGUGUGCCCUUGUUCACCUAACAAGGCUAGAAACAUCAUAAGAGACAUAACAGCUUGACACUGGUACCUAGGGAUUUGGGCAUUUUUUUUGCAUUUGAACGUAUAAGAGAAAACUAUUUAGGGCCAACAGAGCAAACAAAGAGAUGGGGGGCACAAAACCAACCUAAAAUAUCCACAUGCCCACAGAGAAGCGCAUGGAUAAAUGAACACGUGCACACAAAAUUCAUUAUGCCCUCCUCAUGUGGAAAGAAAGUGGCCAGCCCUUAUUUGAGACAGCUCUAUAGAAGCCGCAGUUGUAAGAGAUGUGUUUCUUGCAUUACAAAAGUUAAGUCAGUCAUAGGAUAUUUGUGCCUUAUAUGUGGCCUCUUGAUUUUGUUAGCAAAGUGAUUGGAAUAAAGCAGAGAUAAUCCAGAGAGAAAGGAGACAGAUAAAACUGUACUGAGGUAAACAGGGCAAAACCAGUUUAUGAAAUAAAACAGGGAGAUUUGUCUCUCUUAGGUCAGAUCUAUGCAGCUAAUGGGAGGAAUCCUUCAGAACCGCAUAUCUCUACUUCUCCUCCAGCUGUCAAAUCUCAACUGCCUUUCUCAUGGACAGCUAAAUCCCAAAUGACAGGAAUCUCCAGUCAAUCAGAGUCUGCUGUCAUAAAGACUAAUAGCAGAAUCAACCCCUUCAAGUCAUGCACUGAAUGCAUUUCCAACAGACUCAACAGACAGAGACUCACAAACUUCUUCUUUUUUCUACACUGUCCCCACCAAAUGCUUGGCUACUUCUACACCAAGGUUAACCACUGCCAUGUUUAGUGUACUUGUUGGUGUUGGGUUUGGGAGCUAGGCCUCCAGAUUCAAAUCCCUGCUCAGCCAUGAAGCUCACUGCGUGGCCUUUCUAAAACAACUUGCUCCCUCAUAAAAUAAGCUUACUAAGGCUGAAUUAAGAUAUCCCUGCUGUCUCCAAAUAUCACAAGUUUUCCACAGGAUUAUUUCAUCCUGUCGUUCCCAAUGCCUCGUCGUUGCCAUCAAGGAUAGGAUCCACUUGGUCAUGUGGCAAACAUGUCUAGCAACUGUUUUCAACGCUUCUGCAGAUUCGUAAUACACAGAUGCUGAGUAACAUGGCCAAAAGGGCAUCACAAGUGGUGCCCUAGAGACAUGAGAAAUAAACCCAGAAGAACUGGGUGAACCAGUGUUUCGGCAGAGAGACUGGAAACAAAGGGAGGGAGAGCUCUCAUGAGAGUGAACCUACUUUGUAUGCCUUGGCCUAAAUGUAACAUGGGGUGAACAAACCACUAGUACAAAAUUUAGAUGAUCAUAGUUCGUGUUAUGUAGAAUUUGGAGACAAAUCAACACUUGUGCAUUUCAUUCAUACUCGCAGUGCAUCAUAGGCUUCAUAGUUGCCAUCAGACUAAAAUAAUAAUACUAUAUCAAUGAUGCAGCAUGACUGUGGAUGAAGUGUGGAUGAAAAGGAUUAUCUGACACCUGUAUAACAUUAAAGAUAAGACUAGAUGGGAACAAACAUUUGCAUAACCCUCCAUAAGAGUUAAGUACAGUGGUACCUUGGUUUAAGAACAGCUUAGUUUAUGAACAACUUGGAUUAAGAACACUGCAAACCCAGAAGUAGGUGUUUUGGUUUGUGAACUUUGCCUUGGAAACAGAACAUGUUCCACUUCUUGUUGAGUGUGUUCCAUUUGUGAAUUGAGUCCCCCGCUGCUAUGGGAAAGCACGCUUUGGUUUAAGAACACUUUGGUUUAAGAAUGGACUUCCGGUACGGAUUAACUUCUUAAACCAAGGUACCACUGUACAAUCAUAUUCUAGGGGAAGGCAGGCUCCAUGUUUAUGCAGAAUGAUGGGAUUCAGAAGUAGAUGGAUAUACUUGUGGGUCAAUAGAUAGAUGGACUAUUCAUAUUGGGGAAUUUUAUAUUUAUGAACACUGAGAAUGGCGUCUCUUUCUUCCCCACAGUGAUAAUAAUAUCGACAGAGGUUGAUCUCAGCGACGAGGUCGAAGAGGAACUGGAAAAAUUAUGGACCACCAUCUUGGUUUUCUUCAUUCUCUUCCUCAUCAGUGUGUGUUACAGCACCACAAUGACACUCUUCAAGGUGAGGGGAAAGGAAGGGGAAAACACAUAUCAGCAUUUGCAUUCGGCAGUGAGAGAGCCCGAAGGAGGAAGAAAGCAACAACUAAAACCCAAGAGAUAAGUGUUUAAAAUAUAUGUAUCAUUCGCUGUUUGCUGGGGAGGAGAGAGGGACGUAGAAUAUAGGUUGCACACACACCAGACAUUUAAAGCUCUUCCCCCAGAGAAUCCUGGGAACUGUCAUUUAUUCCUCACAUUUAUGUAUCUCCCAGCAGCCUUAGCAAACCACAAUUCCCAUGAUUCUUUGGGGGAAGCCAUGUGCUUUAAACGUAUGGUGUGUAGGCAGCCUAUUUCUUUAACCUCCUAAUCUGCUCUCCUUCCUCUUUAACAAACCUCUAUAUGGUCCAGAACUUGUGGAAAUUUCCAAGGAUCUGCUACCACUCUGGAUCAUAAGUGGAGUCUGAAAGGCUCAAGGCACAGGGCUGUAAUUAAACAAAAACAAAAACACUGCAUUUGUUUGAGGAAAAUGUUCUUUAUGUGGCAUUUCAAAGUGGAAGAAAAGAAAUAUCUUAAAAUGGCACAAGUGUAAUAACAGUACAUUCAAGAGAACUUAGGCAAAAGUCCUGCACUGACUGCAUUUGAAGAUUCCUUCAGCUAUUGGUUGGCAGAAAGAGUUUUGCUUCUAAAUAACCUCUUACUAAUGUAGGCAAGAUACGACAUUUUUGAAGGUUCAAAGAACAGCAUGGGACUAGAUUCAGGUAGGUAGCCGUGCUGGUCCGAUGCAGUCGAAAUAAAUAAAAAAAUUAUCCAGCAGCACCUUAGAGACCAACUAAGUAUGUUCUGGGUAUAAGCUUUCGUGUGCAGGCACACUUCUUCAGAUAACCUGUUUGCAUAAGGGCUUUCAAAAAGCCCUGUACUGUUCUUUUCUAUGUAUCUGUUUAUUUGAAGUCACAACAGUCAGUGUUUCGAAAUGCAGCAUCACCUGAUGUACCUAAGACAUCAGGUGACUGACACAUGGGAGCCCCCAUCUACCUGUUAAAUCAUGCCCUCUGCAGUGGGCAGCUAAGGAUCUGGUCCACCAGUCAAAAAAGGUUCCCCAGCUCUGUUCAACACUCACCCCUGUCCUCUCUCCCCCACUCUUCACCCUCCAUCCCAACAGGUAAAAUGGAUUUUCUCCACUGUGGCAGACCUGAAGAAGCAGCCUGUAGGCCCUGAAUACAAGAAUGUCAUCCCACAGACAUUCUAG